UCCCUCUCCCCCCACCCCCAUGAUAGAUCAGGAGAAAAUCGUCACGGAUCGAAGUUAGCGGAUCCCAGCCAGGGACGCGCGGAGCGAAAGCCUCCCUACCCGGUCACCUGCCCCCUGCCCCUCCCGUCUCUGCGUAGCGCUCUGCAGAGGGAAGCGAUGAGUCAAGCAGCUCCCGGGCGGCGACGGCAGCAGCAAAGCAGGGGACGGAGAGGGCGGGGAGAGCAAGGCCGAGAGGGAGGAGUCUCUGCCAACGCCGUUGAUUCAAACGCGGCAGCUCCGGGUCCUGGAGCCCUCCCGCCGCAGGCUGUUUUUCCAGGAGCCCUCCUUUUCUCUCUCCAAUAGGAUCCUCUCUCCAUGCCUCUUUAAGGUCUGGGAUGGGGACCCUGUUGUCUUCCUGAUGUUGCUGGGCUCCAGCUCCCAUCAGCCCCAGCCAGCAUGGCCAGUGGUCAAGGAUGAUGUGAGCAGUCAUCCAAUGGCAUCUCGAGGUCCACACAUUUGCCAUCCUUACACAUUUGGCCGCUGGAUCCAGACAAGAGAUGGUUCUUCGGAACAAACAAGGUUUGCAGAGGGAAUUAAAGUUGGGAUCACAGUGCGGGCCAUUUCACCAGACACCUAGUAAGGAUUACAGCCUGAAAUUUGAAGUUUCAUCGAAUGCGAUGACCCAGCAGCCACAGGAUGAAUUUGACAACAGUGUGCAGAAGGCAGUAGAUUGGAUGAAGACCAUCCAGGAGAGACUGCGGAUCAAUGACAACACCAAGGGGCCUCGGUCUGCCCUGGAGGCCAGGCUGAGGGACACAGAGAAAAUCUGUGCAUUGGAACCUGAAGGCCGAUUGAAAAUGGACAUGGUUCUGAUGAAAGCUGAUGCUCUCCUUCAGUGUAUCAGUGAGGAAAAAAAGCAUGAGAUAUUAUCCAAAUUAAAGGAUAUUAAAACCAUGUGGGAAGAAACAGCCAUAUACAUCACUCAUUGUCACAGCCGUAUCGAGUGGGUGUGGCUGCACUGGAGUGAAUACCUGAAGGCCCAAGAUGAAUUUUACGUAUGGAUUCACAACAUGAAGGUGACCUUGGAGCCCGACAUAGAGCUGCAGCUGGGCUUGAAGGAGAAACAAUGGCAGCUGAGCCAUGCCCAAGUCCUGCUGAAUGAUGUUGUAAAUCAGUCAGGCCUGUUGAAACGGCUGCUGGAGGAAGCCAUUGCCUUGUACAACAGGAUUGGAGACCCUAGUGUCGAUGAAGAUGUCCAGAAAAAGAUGGAGGAGGAGUAUGCAGAAGUCAAGAACGAAGCACAGAGAAGAGUGCAACUGCUUGAAAAGAUAACAAAGGAACAUGAGCAAUAUAAGAGCAACGUUGACCAGUUCCAACUGUGGCUGACCCAGGUGACAGAAAGGUUAAGCUCCUGUCUUGGACAAGAAGCAAAACAACCAGCAGAGAACAGAAUUAAAUCAUUACAGGACAUUGCUAGAGAUGUGAAGAGUGGGGAAAAGAAGCUGAGACAUCUUGAAGCUCAAUCUACAGGUGUGAUGCAAAACACCUCCCCCCUCGGAGCAGAAAAGAUGAAAGAGGAGCUGGAGGAUCUGAAAAAAGCCUUGGAAAAGCUGAAACUGGUGAGCACGGAGGAAGAGGAGAGGCUGCUGAAGAACCUUAAAUCUGAAAAUGCCUAUCAUUCACAUGCCAGGCUGCUGGAAGCUGAGGUUCAGGAGUUCCGUAAAAGCCUGCAGAGAUUAGCAAACGCCUUUGAACCGGAGGCUGGAGGGAGAAGCGAUGAGGACUUAAUCCUUCUGUGGAGAAAAUACAGGGCAACAAGGGAAACUCUUACAGCAGAGGAAUCAAAGGUUGAGAGACUGAAGACUCAACUUAAGGAUUUGUUCAGGUUUUCACAAGACACACAGCCGCUUUCUGACAGUGUGAUACGUGUGAUACGGGAAUAUCAAAGCCUGAAGGGGAAGACGUUUAAAAUGAGCACUGAGACUGAAACGGAACUGAGGCAGCGCUUUCAAAAUCCCCUGAGGGAGUUCCAGCUGUGGAAACCGUCGGCUCAGAGGCUCCUGGACACGGCAGCAAAUGUCUCCGACCCAGCUUUGACAGAUGCUUUCCUGCAUCAGACUGAGGCAUUUCUGGCUGAAAGCUCCCGCUUUAAGGAACAGCUGCUGAUGUUACAGCUGAAAAAAGAUUUCCUGAGUAGCAUUUUCGAAGAGGAGAGAGCAAAGUCACUCCUGGCGGAGGCAGCUGGUGCUGCAAAGGAAGCAGAACACCUGCACAAAAGUCUGCUUCAGAGGAAAAGCAGGUUGCAGGCUUUGGUAUCGCAGCAGAAAGACUUUGAUGUGGUCUUCGAGCCUUUGCAGAGAAAAUUGUCUGGCAUCAGAGCCAAGUUGAAUGCAGAGAAGGAGCCGUUGCCUGAUCUGGCAGGUAAAGAAAGGAGGCUGCAGAGGCUACAGAUCAUCCAAGGAGACAUGGUAGAGUGUGCCAUCCAAAUCAAAGAGUUAGAAAAACUCAUCCAGUCGGACCCAGCGCAGAUGCACAAAAUCAAGCAGCUUUUCUCUGACUAUCAAAUACUCAAGAGGUCACUGGAGAUCAUGACAGCCCGGAGUAAACAGCAUGUACAAGAACACUGGACAUUUAAUGACAAAUUGUCAGAUCUCCUGCAGUGGCUGACUGUGACCAAGCAGAAGCUGGAGUCCUAUCAGGAUGGCAAUGGAGGAUGGAAAACGAACAGCAGGGCUUUGGACUUGGAGAGACUGCAAACCGAGUUUUCAGACAGAGAGAUCCAGUUACACCUCACUGAAGCCCAUGGGCAGUUGGUUGCAGAAAACUCUUCUUCAGAGGGCGCUGAGACUAUCCAGACUGAAACAAAGAAGCUGAAGGAAUCUUUUGAGUCCCUCGAAGACAUGAUGUCAAGUCUCCUCCAGAAAAUCCAUCCAAACAGGAUGACAGUAGAUGCAAGCAAGAAAGCAAGCCAUUCAGGCAAUAUGCCGGCACAGGGGUUUACCAUUUGCUCUACAGAAGCUCUCAACCACGGUGGGAAGAAUGCCGCCAAAGGGGAACAUACUGAUGACCUCCAACUCAUUAAGAACUUUGAGCGAUGGUUGCAAGCAGAAAAUGCCAAGCUGUCCAAAAUUCUUGCCACGAAACCAUCCAGCAGUGAAGAACUUAAAGCAAGGCACAGCAAAUUAAAGGAGCUUCAGUCUCGUGUCCCUGAGGGUCAGCAUCAUUUUGAAGAUCUGCUGCGUCUUUGGCCGAUUGUCGGGAGCUCUGAUGAAUUGGAGGAGCUGCGCUACCAAUGGAUGCUCUACAAGUCGAAAUUGAAUGAUUCCAGCAACUCAGUGACAAGUUCUUUGGAACCAGUCACAUUUAGAAAGGGACCACCAGCCGGAGCGUGUUCCUUCCUACGCCGUGUGUGCUGUGCAGCUUUGCCUCUUCAGCUUCUCCUGUUACUUCUGUUGCUCCUUGCCUUUCUUCUUCCUCUAGUGGAGGAGAUGCACAGCUGCAAGCUUGCCAACAAUUACGCACGCUCCUUCAACCUGGUGCUGAGAUACAAUGGCCCACCACCAACUUAGAACAUCUACACAUGAAGGUGCAGCUAAGGUGAUAGAUUAAGUUAUGCAAGUGGCUUUUUCCUGGGGUGUCUUACCUCCUGCAGGACUCCCGGAAUCCAGGACAACUAGCUAAGGGACCCAUGUAAACUGGAAACUUGGUCAAAUGACCUACAUUGUCCAUAUAUGCUCAGUCCAUAUAAAUGAAGUAUUCAUAUUCUUAGCUAAAAUUAUAUUUUUAAAAUAUAUGACUAUAUUUAUACUGUAUAUAUAAUUUUUAUAUAUAUGUCUCAAUGAAAGAUAUCCUGAAAUCA